AUGGGCGAACAGAGACGCCUGCUUUCAGGCGCUGAGGGGUUUUCCGGUUUCCACCGGGACCGGAAGGCUGUGCAGUUCCGCAAAGCCCCGGCCGAGUCUCUGUCAGCCGGAGAGCCUCGCGGCGUGCAGCAGCGAAACCUCGGCGCAAGUUUGUUUGCCGCGCGAAGGCGCUCCGCUGCGGCGCGGCGCGUGCUGCGCCUCGUGAACACGUCUCUGUUGGUUUUUUCCACGCUUUGUGCAGCGUUCGCCGCUUCUGCCUUGUCCGACUCCAGUUCGUCUUCCUGCAGCCCCUCGUCCUUUUCGCCUCUCCUUUCCGGCCGCGUCACCGUGCCGCCUCAGCUCCUCGUUGGCCUGCGCAUUUCUGUCAACGGCGACUUCCUCUCCAUUUCCCCGUCUUCCUCGGGGGACUUUGCUCUCCCGUGUCUCCCUGUGGGCUCGUACGUGAUUCAACCCUCGCAUCCGCUACUCGUCUUCCCCUCCUACCUCCUCACUGUCUCUUCCGAGUCUGGAGCAGCCAAAAAACACGCUUCGCGGCGCGUGAGCGUGUACCUCCUCGGCGAGAGCUUUCGGCCGCUCACCCCCGACUCUCCUCUCCCUUUGCCUCUUCGCGUAGCCCCGGCCUCGGGCCCUCCUGCCUAUUUCGUCGUCAAACCUCCAUUCAGCCUCCUGUUUCUUCUUCAACAGCCUCUCCUCCUCGUCGCCGCCGCCUGCUUCGGGCUCAUGUGGUGUCUCCCCAAACUCCAGCAGUACCAGGAAGAGGAGAGACAGCAGCGUCUCCUCGCCCACGAGCACCAGCAGGCGCUGCGUGCGGGCCAAGACGCCAGACCCGCGGGCUCCACGGUCGCGAGAAGAGCCUCACCUGCCGGCAGCGAGGCGGCGAAUUUCUUCGCAGGCCCCACGGGAGACGCAGGAAGGCUGUGCCCAGACGACGAAGACAUACCCGCUUUCCUGAAGGCGCUGGGCGCGCUGCGAGGCGAAAGGUGUGCGCAGAGGCGCUGA